CGUUUUUCACAAAAUUGGCGAAGGGGCAUUCGAAUAAUUUACUAGUGACUAUAAAAGCGAUUUUACAUAAAUAAAAUGAAAUAAAAUUUUAAAAAAUUCGAAUCGAAUAGAUACGGGGAGAAACCGUGACGUGUGAACGGAGAUUUUUGUAUUGGGCUUUUUGCCAUUUAGAGGAGAGAGAGAUUCGAUGGAAGAACAAAACUGUUAUCAGAUGAUGUAGCACUUUUGUUUCUCGUCUGGAAAUUAUUAAAACUCCCAAAAUGAGAUUAACAAGAAUCUGUUUGAAGAAUUUUUCGAAACUUUUGGAUUAUUAUUCUCAGUUUAAUCCAUCUCCUCUAUCAAUUAAGCAAUUCAUCGAUUUCGGGAGGAAAGCAUGUGAGCAAACAUCAUUUGUAUUUUUACGAAAAGAACUUCCUGUUCGUCUAGCAAAUAUUAUGAAAGAAAUUCAAUUGUUACCUGAACAUCUGCUACGAAUGCCCUCCGUAUCUUUAGUACAAAGUUGGUAUGAAAAAAGUUUUGAAGAAAUUUUAGAAUUUGAAAAAGUAGAUGCUCUUAGACCUGAUAUUUUAAAAAAGUUUUGCAAGACACUUGUAAAAAUUCAUAAUAGACAUACAAAUGUUGUCCAUACAAUGGCUCAAGGUAUCAUUGAAUUGAAAGAUAGUCAUGAAUUGGAUCAACAGACAGAACACAGUAUUCAAUAUUUCUUAGAUCGGUUUUAUAUGAGUCGUAUUUCUAUAAGAAUGCUUAUAAAUCAACAUACAUUGUUGUUUGGAGAUGAUGUUAGUGUUCCUUCAAGUCAUAUUGGAUGUCUCGAUCCAAACUGCCGAAUAUCAACGAUUGUUGAAGAUGCAUAUGAAAAUGCAAAAUUUUUAUGUGAUCAAUAUUACCUAACAUCACCAAAUUUAUUUAUUGAAGAACAUAAUGCUCUAGAUUUUAAUAGUCCCAUUAGUUUUGUAUAUGUACCCUCUCAUCUCUAUCACAUGUUAUUUGAAUUAUUUAAGAAUUCUAUGCGUGCUGUUGUUGAAUAUCAUGGUACUGCAGCAGAUUCAUAUCCACCAUUACAUGUUUUAGUUGCUAAGGGAAAAGAGGAUCUAACAAUUAAGGUAUCUGAUAAGGGUGGUGGCAUUUCACGAUCAACCAUUGAACUUCUUUUUCAAUAUAUGUAUUCUACAGCUCCACAACCAUCAACUUCUGGCGAUAAUUCAGCACCAUUAGCUGGUUUUGGAUAUGGUUUACCUUUAUCAAGACUCUAUGCUCGUUAUUUUCAUGGAGAUCUUAUUGUUACAUCUUAUGAGGGUUAUGGUACUGAUGCAAUUAUAUAUUUGAAGGCACUAUCUAAUGAAGCAAAUGAAUUAUUACCAGUUUUUAAUAAAACUUCAAGAAAGCAUUAUCAAAAUGCACUUGGUACCCAUGAUUGGAGUACUCCUCCAUUUCAUACUCAUCACUCUCUUAUUCCUCUGAAUGUAAGACACUUUACAACUGUGAUACAUAAGCACUAGGGAGCUUUGAAGACAGUAGUAAAAUCGUUUUGUGAUAACUGAGCUUCCAUUUUAUUGUGACGGUCACUGCCAUAGAUAUAACAAAGUAAGAAUUGUUGAUAAUGAUCACCAAUGCAAUUACUACUAUUAAAACAUAUAUAAGUUUAAAAUUUUAAAAAGAAAUUAUUCAUUUAUAUAUCUUUUGUUGAUUUUUUUUAUGAUAGUUAGCCAAGAUGAAUAUAAAUAUAUUAUAAUAUAAUCAUUCCAAAUAAAACUGGAAACAAAUCUUUUGUCAUUAGCAUAGAUUUAAUUGUAUUAGAAUUGAAUUAAUGUUCAGUAAUUUAGUUAUCAAUAAAGAAAAUAUAUAAAGUGCCAAACUGUCAACUUUUUUUUAAUGUUUAGAAUUGAUAUUUGUGACAAAAUUGUGA